AUGCUUCAGGAACUCAUUAAACAGUUACCGGACAACCGGACGAACAGCAUUUUCAUCUGGAACAACCAGACAAACAGCAUUUCCACCCAGGACUGCCUGUUAUACAGCAGUUUCAUCCUGUUGAUUGUGGUGUCCGUCCUUUACUCGGUUGCAUUCCUUGUCGGGCUCCCAGCGAACAUCCUGGCCCUGUGGGUGCUGAUCUUCCACACGGAGAAGAUCCCAUCCACCAUCCUCCUCAUCAACCUGACAGUGCUGGAUGUGCUCGUCCUUCUGAUGUUGCCCUUCCGCAUCACUUACCACUUUGCUGGCAAUGACUGGUUCUUCAGUGAGUCACUGUGCCGACUGGUCAUGGCUCUGAUCUACGGUAGCAUGUAUGGUUCUAUGCUCUGCCUGGCAUUUAUCAGCAUAGACCGGUAUAUAGCUCUAGUGCACCCCUAUAGUGCUCUGACCCUGCGCAGCCAUCGCACCUCCCUGGCCAUGAGUGUAUCCCUUUGGGUGGUGGUCCUGUUAACUAUGAUGCUCCAGGUUUUCUUUCAAAUGGCUUUCUCGCCGCCCUUCAGCACUAACAUUGCCCUGUGUUAUGAUGCCCCGCUUUCUUUCUUUUUCCCCUUUCUAGGCCUUCUCUUGUUCUUUCCACCCCUGCUGGUAAUUCUGUUCUGCCAUGGCACUGUACUGAAGACCCUUCUGGUCAGAGGGCACCGCUACUUCCAUGCUGCAUGCCUCACUGCCCUGGUCUUGCUGGUCUUCUUUGCAUGUUUCCUCCCUAACAUCAUCAUCCUGCUUCUGUACCUCACAAACGGGAAUUGCGACCUCAUUGUGCCCUAUGUAGUCAGCCUGGCCUUCAGCUGCUUUGGUCCCUGCAUUGAUCCCUUCAUCUACAACUAUGUGUCUGAUGACUUCAGGGGCAAAGUUCUCAGGGUGCUCUGCUGCUGCCGUGCUGGGCAACAAGUAUCCUCCAAUAACAGCGGCAUACAUUUGUCAAGCAGCAGCCAAUCCAGGAACACCUUGCUGUCUAAGUUUUGGGGGCAGAUGAAUUUUUUUUACCUGUGCCAGGAGGUGUGA